AUACUGAAUUUUAAACAAACAAAUCCUACCCUCCCCACACCCCCCCUCGCACACAAGCCUGCCUCUGGGAGGGAAAUAGCCAGGUGGAAUCUCACUCUGUUUCCAUGGACAACCCGUCCAUUAUCACCCAGGUGACUAACCCCAAAGAGGAGGAGAUCCUGUCCUGCACUCAGGAUAAAGUGUCCCAAUGUAAUAUCAGCUUGAAGAAGCAGAGGAGUCGAAGUAUCUUUAGCACCUUAUUCUGCUGCUUUCGUGACUACAAUGUCGAACCACCAUCUACCAAUAGCACCAGUGCUCUUCCUCCUUUGGUGGAGGAGAAUGGAGGACUUCAGAAGGGUGACCAGAUGCAGGUCAUGCCUAUACCAAGUGGAAUAUACUAUUUCCACGGGACUGAAGCAGUGCAGCAGUCGUUUCACUACAAGCCACCAGCUAAAUACCUCCUGCCAGAACUGACAGCAUCAGACUAUGGGAAGAAGUGUGUGGUCAUUGAUUUAGAUGAAACUUUAGUGCACAGUUCAUUUAAGCCAAUUAGCAAUGCUGAUUUCAUCGUUCCUGUUGAAAUUGAUGGAACCAUACAUCAGGUUUAUGUAUUGAAACGACCACAUGUGGAUGAGUUUCUUCAGAGGAUGGGAGAGCUUUUUGAAUGUGUACUCUUCACAGCCAGUCUAGCCAAGUACGCAGACCCAGUAGCUGACUUACUGGAUCGCUGGGGUGUGUUCAGGGCAAGGCUCUUUAGAGAAUCCUGUGUUUUCCACCGAGGAAAUUAUGUGAAGGAUCUGAGUCGACUGGGACGUGAGCUGAGUAAAGUUAUUAUAGUAGAUAAUUCUCCUGCAUCUUACAUCUUCCAUCCUGAAAAUGCAGUGCCUGUGCAGUCCUGGUUUGAUGACAUGACAGACACAGAGCUGCUAGAUCUUAUUCCUUUCUUUGAAGGACUAAGCAAAGAGGAAGAAGUUUACAGUAUGCUUCAUAAACUCUGCAACAGCUGUUUACACUUUAAUGCAAUGAACAAUCCAGCGAUACUUGAGAAACACUACAGAUACCAUAUGAGUGUUUUCAGGAGAGAGAAGUGUUGUCAAUCAGGAAAGCCAACUGCUCUGGAAUUCCCUGCAAGAUGGGAAAGGGCUCUUCCAGGUGGGCUGCAGCUCCAGGGGAUCCUGCAGACUCCAGCAGUUUUCCUGGCAAGCGACUUUCGCCAUCCAGACUUCCUACCAACCCAGCUCUGCUGGCAGGAGACCAGGCGAAGUUCUCCUGGACUCCUCUGUUGGUUCUGCUGGAGCUACUGGAAAAUAAAUGAUCUUUGGGUAAUAUAUUGGUUUGGACAGGUUGGCAAACUCAAACUUGAAAAGCUUCCAGGCAUGUUUUGUUUAAAGGCUUCUCAAGUGCUGUUUCAAAGGGAGCUGCGCUGAGGAGCAGGUUGUCCUGUAAUUGCCUAAUGCCUCGUUAAUCAGCUUUUCUGAAGCACAGGACAUACACUAACAUCUUGGACUUAAUAGAGAUCGAUUUGAUUCAGUAAAGUAAGUCUGCAUCUGCAACUAGACACCUUCCCAAACAGCAUUUUAAAAAGGUUAGAUUUGGUCAUUGCUUAAAUCAGAAGCAAACUGAAUUUUUGAGGUGAUGGCGGUGUCAGCUUAGCUGUAUCCCCUGGACCUUGCUGGACCCUGUGCUGCAAUCGUACGUCCCACCGGUCUUCUCUGUGCAACUGGCAUCGUUUAAUUUUGCAACCGCCUUUUAAUUUAGUGAUGUAGACACAUUUGAUUGGGAUGUAAAUUGCAGGAAAAUGCUGGACAAAGAAAUGAAACACAGCUGGCCCCCGUCAGCCUUAGCCAUCGUCUCGGGCUGGACUCCAGCUAGGACAAGGCUGUUGCUACUUGAAGGCGAACAGAGGAGUCACCGUUAAGCCAGAAACAUGUCACCCCCUCUGAGAACCACCGUUCUUCUAGAUAAUGAGGGUUGAUCGUUUUGUUCAUACCA